AUGAUCACACCCACCUUCUCCGUCUCGCAAGACGACGAGUACAUUUUCAUCACGGUGAAAGUGGCCAGCGUGCGCUUUUCGGCCCAGGCCAUCGAGAUGGUUGCGGACGGCGACGUUUUCGUCUUCUCGCUCCCGCCGUACUAUCUUCGGCUCCGGCUCCCGUUCUCCGUGGUGGACGACGAACGGUCGCAUGCCGAGUUCAACCUGAAAACGUCGUCCGUGGACAUCCGGCUCCCGAAGGAGAUCCGCGGCCAGCACUUCCCCGACUUGGACCUUGUGGCCAAGCUUCUCGCCCGAAAAGACGAGACAGGCCCAGCUGCCGCGGCCAAGCCGCUCAUUGAGGAGCUCGACGUCACCAACGACGUUUCGGACACGGCGCAGGUGGCGCAGGAAGCCGAAGCGCACGACUGGGAGAUCGAGCAGACGCAGGCAGAGGCGCCGCUUGCGCAUGCGGGCUACGGCUUCAACAACGCCUACAGCCAGCUUGUGGGCGUGUCUGUGGCCAACGGCAACGACAUUAACGAGUUGGGCGACCCGGAGUCGGCCGCGGCCAACGACCGCGUGCUCGAGCGCCUCAUCAAGGAGAACAUCAAGUUCGACCCGGAGUACUAUGCGGCCGACUACAUCAUGGAGAAGCACCCGUCUGCAGACGACGACAAGGCGUUUGGCGGUGUUUUGGCGUGGAAGUGCCCGGCCACGCGGCAGUUUGUGGCGUGGUACAAGAAGCAGCAGGCGGCGGCCGAGGACCAGCGCGAGACCGUGGUGCCCGUGGAGUUCUCGCCCGACGAGCACAAGAAAAUGCUCGAGCUUCCGCGCCGCAGCUACUUGGUGGAGCCGUGGCACCGGGCGCAGCUUCUCGCGCUCGUGGUGUCGGUGCUUUUCGCCCACCUCUACGACCUCCGCGAGAACGAGGGCGAGCGCAACAUCGAGAGCGCCUGGACUGUGGGCAAGUUGGUGCCGCAGUUUGCGUUCUUGGACGCGCAGUUGCACAUCCACAGCGAGGCGUCGGCCAGUCUCUUGAAGGCGUGCGUGGUGGCCGGCGUGCGCCGCGCCUUGUGCUACCCGUUCCACCGCCACUUCAAGGUGGCCAUGAAGACGUGGGACGACGUGUACUACGUUCUCCGGGGCGGCAAGCGGAUGGUGCUCCGCGAGUUGUUGCACGUGAAGGAGCUCUUCCGUUUCCACGACGUGUACUAUGUGUACGACAAGAUCUGGUUGGACGACUUGUGUCUGUGGCUCAUCAGCGACGCCGUGUCGGAGGGGGCGCUUCGGCAGCUUGCACACGACGUGCGCAAGGAAACGGCCGGCUUGCGGAAGGAGGACAUUACGUUCGAGAAGGUGGACGACACGCAGACGGGCGACGAGAUGGUGGUGUUGGACGUGGCGGAGGUCGAGGCCAUGGCAGACGACUCGUACGCGGCGUACGUGGCCAACUGA